AUGAAGGCGUCGCUCAGGUUGAGCGGGUCGGCGCUCGACCCGGCGCCCGCCGCGUCCCUGCCCGCUCAGCAAGCGCGCGGCCAUCCGCUGGCUCUGCGCCGCAAUGGCGGCGAGAUGCUCAGCCAUAUCGUUUUCCGUCCCGUCCGCGGCGGUCGGUUCAUCGGUCAUUGCAAGCCGGAUCCAUGUGAGUUUGGCGAGCGCGCCUGCCGGCCGGUGCCCGCGUAUGCGAUUGAUGGGAAUUCCGUAUAUGCUACUAACGAGUCGCACCGUUCUCAAUACUUGCGGACGCCGGACGUCGCCAACAAUCCAGGAGAAUGCGCCAUGCCCGAUCCCCAGGCCACCCGGACGACUGCGCAGCCUCGCAGGCGGCGCUCCUUGCGCCCGCUGGCGCUCCUCGCGAUCGGGCCGCUCGCUCUCGGGCUCCUCGUCGGCGGUUGCACGGCGGUCGAGUAUACGACCGAUUACAUCGGCGACCUGUUCAGCUACGUCGAGGACGACGACGAGAUCUUCGGCGACAACGCUAUCCCGGGCGGCGACGAGCCUUAUCGCUCGCUCAGCGAGGUGCCGGCCGAAGCGCCCGCCAUGUCGAGCACGGAAGAGCGCGCCGCAUUGACCGCCGGCCUGGUGGCGGAUCGCGAGAACGCGCAGCACACGGCGGAAACGCUUCGCGCGCGCGUAGACCCGGAAGAACCGAUGACGCAGGUUCGGGCGGUCUAUCAGCCGGCGGAAGAGGCAACGGAGCCCGCUCCGGCGAACGGUGGAUGA